UGGUAAUGGAUUCUCCCCUUCAAGCUCGUGCAUUUCACGCCACCAUGUUAACUUUAACAGUGACAAAACGCUGCGUCGCCGUGAUUCGUUGUUGUUUCAGUAAGCUAAACAGUAUCGAGGGAUCGAGUUUCCAUUAGGCCAAGCCGUUGCUGGAUAGUCGCAGGUUGGUCAGGUUUUGCAAGGAAUCCAUUGACUGUCACCAGAUGAUGGCUGAGGUUCCGGCAGGGACACGUAAUCUGAAUCUGCAUGUCUGAGAGAGAUGCAGCUGUACGAGUGUAGGGCCAUAUUGGAACCACGUGCUGGGGUUGGCACUAUGUAAAGAAGGAAUACAUUGAAGUCAAGUCCUGUGUGUGUUGUGAUCUAACCCGACAGGACCAUAGGCUUCCUUGGCCAUCAUGUAACAAGGUUGGUGGAAGAAGGACUUCGCUGCCGGCUUGUUUAUUCUGUUCUAAAUGUACGUAGACUUGUUCCUUAAGCUGUAUGGAGAAAUACACAGUGGGGUGAAACAUGUUUCUCUGCGUUGAUAGAAGAUCGAGAAGGUCUUGCUUCAGGAUCCUUUAGUUGAAGUGUUGUUUCCAAGUAUUCCCUGUCACUGAAGCACUUGAGGGACCGGAAUCGACAAUUGUGGAUGAGGAUGCUGUUAACCUAACGACUGCUCACAUCUGGAAAACUCGAUCAUCGUCAGUUGACGUGUGACGGAGAACGUAAAAUCACGUCAAGUGUAGAAGUUAGUCUUCCGUCUCCUUCUGCCAUACAGGAAGAGUUCAUGUUGACGACGGCUGAUAAGAAGGUUGUGUGAUAAACAGUGGAUUACCGUUCGGAGCGGAGACUUGGUGAUACUUACCUAACACUUGGUGACUGGAUCGAUAUUCCGCUCUGAUUGAACGGACCUUACUCAGCACACUGUGUAACGCUGCCAGGAGCUGAGAGCGCGGUUGGGCGACGCCUACAGUCGUACUUUCCUUCCGACUGAAGUUGUUGCACAGAGUGCUCCUGAGUCAUUUACAAGCCGUUGGAGAGGCAUAACAGAAGCCUCACGCACCCUGACGCUCAGGAUACAAAUAAUCUGAAGCUGGGAAUGAGCGAACCCUCUACUCGGCGUAUAGCUACAUCAGGUCUGAGGCGAAAGUAAACGCCAGCCGCACAGGGAACACAACAGAAUCUGAAGAGAAGAACGUGUUGAUGCGUGAAAGCUUUGAAGAGAAAACAGCAUUUGAAGGUGUUUAACACAUCGAGGUUAUCGACGGCGAAAUAUACCCGUGAGAGAAAUCCGUUCAUAAUCCCUUGAUAUAGCUUCCUCGGAAACCACAGGUGAACGCUGUACUGUGUGUUCCGCAAGGGUCUCGUUGGAUCAGUCUGUAAGAAGUGAUCGGGUCGGCGUGUCGUGAACAGUUACAUUGCCAUCAAGAACGAGCAGUUAAGUAUCAGUACCGCUGUCUAUAAACAUACGUAACAUUUUCCUGUGAGGCGUUAUAAGCCGCUCAAGGGAUUGUGUUGCCUCAGUGUUGAGCCGAGCUUGUCUUGAAUUUGUUUCGGUCUUAAUUGCGAGUGGCAGCUCGGGAGACCUGUGGGGUGUUUCUGUAAUCCCUAUGGGGAGAGUGAAGGGGGCAGGGUGGUGAGAUGCAUGCACGAACCCCUGAAGCCUACAGGUCCAGCACUCUAGAGCGAGUUGACGGAGAGAGGGGCAGUGCGUCUAUGUCCCGGAUCACAGAACUGAGGCUGUAUGGUACUCCCGAUCAUACUGUUAAAGCUCAGACCCCAGUUGACCCAACCAAGGACGGAAUUCGGAGAAUUACUGGAAAAUAUGAGUCCCCGGAGAAUCUUUGCAUAAGUCCCACUAUUAUUCGAACAAGUAUGAACGGUCUUGAUAAACCCGGAAGUGUCGUCGGCGGUCCGGCGAUGUCCGAUUGUUCUUCGGACAUCUCCGACGCAACGCCGACUUGGCCGAGCACGGUCAACGUGGCCUCUGCGAACUUUAGCGAAGGGGUGACGGAGCAGGAUAUUUUACAGGUGGAGAUGUUCUAUAAGAGCCACAAGACAGAGGUGUGCGUGUGUCGGUGCCUUGCCAAUCUCUACUUUGGCGGUGCCAAGAACGCAGCGCAAGGGGACACGUGGGAGUUCCACAACACCGGUAUCCCGGUGCUAGUACUGGACUCUGGAGAUCACCAUAGAAACAGGAAGUUGUGCAUAAUUAUGGCGGAGAAAGGGACAGGGUUUACAUUGUGGAAGGAAGGGAUUGACCACUUGACCAAGUACAGCGUACCCUCUGCUAACUUCCACACCAUGUAUCUGACCACGGACCACACCAAACAGGCUGGCCUUAGCUUCGACGACAGCAACGCCGCUGUCGAAUUCUACUCCUUCAUCUCGUCCUUGACCACUGAUCCAAAUGAUGACUUGUUUAACUUGAGCAAGAAAAAGAACAAGAAAAAGAAGAAGGAAAAGUCGAAACCGAAGUACAAGGCACCGAAGAAGACGGACAUUUCACAGCCUUGUUGUUUUGUUCACGUGACCAAACUUGAACGACCCGAGUUUCCUCCCCCUCCUUCAAGGCUAGGUGACCUAUCUGACCUGAUGGGCGCCAAGUUAGUAAUACCACGAAGCACAAGUUCGGAAGUGUCCGAUGAUUCAACGUCACAUUCGGCUGCUUCCGAACAUUCGUAAUGUCGGUUGGUGGACGUUAUUAUCGACUCUUAAUGGUAUGUGAUAACGUCAUAUAACUCAUUGCUACGUCACUAUAGCAUGGUGUGUGUCUUAACCCUUUAUAACAACUAUUUAUUGACCGGAUUGGAGAAAUGGAUGUGUCUAACUACGAGAAAGGAUAUUCACGUGUCAUUGUGACGUAAACAGCAGCAUCCGAAGGCUUUGAGCCCGGGAUGAGGAUUAUAAAUUUGAACCAUCGUUGUGGAUACCACGUGUGCCAGAUUCGACAUUCAAUGCAACAUCAAUGUUUUCGUGACGUCAUGAUGACGUCAUUUGUGUGUACGUUAAUUGUUACUUAUUCUAUAUGAGAUGUGCAAUGCAAGGGUUAAUUAAGCACGUGCUUAAAGUGUUUGGCGUCUUCUGUUCGUUUGGAUUAUUCUGUGAGACUAUGUGUGUACGUCAUCACUUUGUGUGGUGAUAAGAAGUCAGCACAAAAAGCAACGUAAUAUGCAACUUUGCUCCAUGGUGCUACGGACAAGGAAGUGACAGACAGAUAUUUCGAGCGGAGCGAUACUGAUCUCUUAGUGUUGUUAGCCCACAUAGGUCUAGCACUAACAGCUGUUGUUCAACACUAUUUUGCAUGGUCUGUAUUACAGUAGUGGCCAACAACAGUGCUAUUGUUACAUUUUUCUGCAUUUUCAGCUUUAUGUAUAUUAUCCAUCCUGCAAUACUGAAUAUGAGCGAUCAAACAUUGUGGACGUAGAUAUGACCAUCAUCACAAUCUCAGCGCACGGAACACGAGGAGUGUAAAGAUACAGAUAUCGGUGCGAUAUAUAUCGCAAUACAAGCAUCUGAAAACGAAACAUACAUCGAUAUACAUAAAUAUAGGAGAUCCACUUUCAGUCAUAAAAAAGUACUUCACAAAUCACUCAUAUUUUAGAUGUUAAAUUUCUCGUCGUCACAUUACGAUACAGGUCUUAAAUCGGUAUUUUCGUGUGUCGCCAUAUCGUUACACCUCGACUCCACGACUGACCAAAUCCCCUCUAGAAAGUAGUCCCAUAGUUGUAUUGCGUCUGCUUAUGUAUCAUUUCGCGGAGUUGUAAAAGUUAAAUAUACCUUGGCCUGCGUCUAAAUGUGUCUCCUCUGACAAAUCUGGCUCUGAAUAUGUUUCUGGUUUACCUGGCACGUAAAAUCUUGUUUAUCCAGGGACUUACAGGAGGUUUCAGAAACUGAAUGUUAUCACAGUGUUUACAUUUGUAUUUCUCCCAGGGAAGCUGUUCAUAUCUGAAGGUAUUUAUUUUCACCACUUAGUUCAAUAUACGUAAGGGACCUCAAAAAGAAAGAAAGGAGAGAUUUUAUCGCUAGUUUUAGAACAGGAUAUUUCUCAGCUUGUACUAUAUCAUCACGGGGAUCUUGAUGUUACGACACAAACUUUACAAUCUCAUUAAAAUCUGACCUGUUACUCCUAUUCCAGCCCCCUUAGAAAACGCUGAAAAUACAUAAUUUUGAUAGAAAUAAACAACUCCAUUUACAUUGAAAACGAGCCCAAGUGAGGUGGGAGAUCUGAGGAAAAUCUAGACUUGCUUCACUGAGGUCAACAGCAUUGCAGUAAGGACUGGGCAGAAGGAGAAAAUAAUAUGGUUUAGGGACUGUGAGUCCGACUACAACCACCAUUGGGCUGUAAUCUAAAGACAUCUCCUUAGAAGGUCGUGUUAGGGGAACUAAAAUGACGGAACCGUAGGUUUAUGAGCCAAUCAGAUGUCAGCUUUCUAAAAAACGAUUCGGCAUCGUUUUGUUUACCACCCCCAAUAAUUGUAAAUUGUGACUUGUAUAAGUGAAGACCCAGACAGAACACACAUUCCAUCGAUGGCACUCCCUUUUGGCUGCAGAUGCAAUGGUCAUUAAAAGCGACAGGAUGUAUGAAAUAUUCCCGACAAUGUAAUGGCGCCGCUAUUUUUUUCACUUUUCUACAUGCUGGAUUGAAUUCCUCGGUCACUCGUACGGAAAUAAUAAAACGCUUCGACGCUGAUUGGCUGAUAGACCCCCCCCCCCCCCCCCCCCCCCCGACCUCGGACGAACAGGGUUAUGUGUUGGAGUUGAGCAUCAGAUUUGAAUGAGAUUGUAACUUUAUGACACAUGGGCAUUUGAACCCCCUUAUCACCCAAAUUCAUUUUAAACACCCGACGUUGUUCUGUUGGUGUUGAUUUAGGCUCCAAGUGCCCUGUUACGACUAGUGGUAUAGGCAACUAGGGUAAUGUGUCUUGUUACUGCUGUAUCGGCACGUGCUCAUCUGGCAAUGUUUGUUUGUUUGUGAUUGUCGAGUGUGUACCGAUCUGCUGGUCAGGCAGUCCAACACUUGGUGAUCGCUUGCUUCGCAAUGUAGCCGUCACAGCCACGACCACAGCCACCACGCUGUCAUUGCAACAUCACGGUGUUGGUACGACUGGUAGUUCAAGGUCCAACGGACGUGAGGUAGUUGUAUCAGGAAGUCGAUAUUCGCCAUCCUCGGUGAUCUAGUGUACUAUGUCACUAUGUCUCCAUUAAUUUACGUAAAAUACCCCAGAUCCAUUUGCUACUAUGGCUUGGCUUCGAAUCCGACUUGAAUGACACGACUCAUCAAAUUACAAAGAGAUUUAGGGUAGUCUAGUGGUUAAAGCGUUCGCUCGUUUCGCUGAAGUCCCGGGUUCUAUUCCCCACAUCGGUGCAAUGUCUGCAGCCCAUUUUUGGUGUACCCCAUCAUUUUGUGGGAUAUUGCUAAAAGCGGCGUGAAACCAUUCUCACUCACCCUUGAAAGAUGUAGACGUCACUUCCGACACAGUUUCGCUAUGGUGGUAAAUUCCUCCUGGGUAUCUAUCGCAAUCCAGACAAAUAUAAUACACUUGAUAAUCGAGGAUGACUUUUCCCAUGAACAGAUAUAUUGUUGACCAUUGUUUCAGAGAUGAUAUUGCAUUUUAAUAAACUAUGUGUCGCUCCAUAAUAAUAACCCUUUCCACAUGAUGUGGGAAAGGCAAAUAAUGUGAAAUUGAUUAUUAUGAACAUGCUUGCCAAUAAUGUCAACAGUAAAUGAUUACUUGGCUGAAUAUUCCCUGCACCACCUGUUGGCGGUAGUGUUUCCAGAUAUUGCCGGAUCUGCCACGCCCAUGUCACUUGGUCAUGGCUGUAACUGACAAGGUGUGUCACCGACUUUGCGUCUUUUCAUUAUCAUUUGUUUUCAAAUGCUGGUAUUUUUGGAUAAACUAUCUGAAAUAUU